AUGGCUAUCAAUAUUGUUACUUUUCUUGUUUGUUUCUCUAUUGCUUCCUUUGUCAUUUCUUCCAAUGCCAGAAGAGUUCUACACUCGAAAAAUGUAGACCGUAACAAUGGCGGUAGCAAUUUCACUCAUGUAUGUGAUCCUUCAAGGUUUUCCGACCUUGGCUUGGACGUGUCAACCUUUGGCUUCUGCGACUCCAAGUUGUCGUAUGACGAUAGGGCCAAGGAUCUGGUAGAUAGGAUGACAUUGGCAGAGAAAGUGAAGCAACUAGGAAAUAGUGCAAAGGGGGUUCCGAGGUUGGGGUUGCCUAAGUAUGAGUGGUGGUCUGAGGCACUCCAUGGUGUGUCGAACGUUGGUCCCGGAACUUAUUUCGAUGAUCUUAUUCCGGGUGCAACAAGCUUUCCCACUGUUAUUCUUACAACCGCAGCAUUCAACGAGUCAUUGUGGAAGCAAAUUGGUCAGGCUGUUUCAACAGAAGCAAGAGCCAUGUACAAUCUAGGAAGAGGCGGAUUGACAUAUUGGAGUCCCAACGUUAAUGUCGUGAGGGAUCCAAGGUGGGGAAGAGCCACGGAAACACCCGGUGAAGACCCUUAUGUUGUUGGUGUUUAUGCCUCUAACUACGUCAGAGGCUUGCAGGAUGUUGAGGGCACAGAGAAUGCCACAGAUUUGAACUCUAGACCCCUAAAAGUUUCCUCAUGCUGCAAGCAUUAUGCCGCCUACGAUGUAGACAACUGGCUCGGUGUGGAUCGUUACCAUUUUGAUGCGAGGGUGACAGAGCAAGAUAUGGCGGAAACUUUCCUAAAACCAUUCGAGAUGUGUAUUAAGGAUGGUGAUGUAAGCAGUGUAAUGUGCUCUUAUAACCGUGUUAACGGCAUCCCCACUUGUGCUGAUCCGAAGCUCUUGAAAGAAACCAUUAGAGGAGAUUGGGAUCUUCAUGGAUAUAUAGUCUCGGAUUGUGACUCUCUUGAAGUUAUGGUGAACGGCCACAAAUGGCUCGGCGACACCAAGGAGGAUGCUGCUGCACAAGCUUUGAAAGCAGGGAUGGAUUUGGACUGUGGAGUCUACUACACAAACUUCACUCAGAAUUCGGUGAGGCAAGGGAAAGUGAAGGAGGUAGAAAUCGACCGGUCACUCAAGAACCUUUAUGUGGUGCUUAUGAGGCUAGGUUUCUUCGAUGGGAAUCCCACUUUCAAGUCUCUCGGCAAGAAGGAUGUGUGCUCCAAACAACAUAUUGAAUUAGCAACAGAAGCGGCAAGAGAAGGAAUCGUUUUAUUGAAGAAUGUCAAUGAAACUUUGCCAUUGAAAUCUAAGAAAAUAAAAAAACUAGCCGUCGUUGGCCCUCAUGCCAAUGCUACAGCGGCAAUGAUUGGAAACUAUGCAGGUAUUCCUUGUCAAUUCACAUCACCUCUCGAUGCAUUUUCAUCCUACGGAGAAGUUAAGUAUGAAAUGGGAUGUGAUGGAGUUGCAUGUGCAAAUGAUAGUCUGAUAUUCCCUGCCAUGAAAGCCGCAAAGCACGCAGAUGCAACCAUAAUUUUUUCUGGUUUGGACUUAUCAGUUGAGGCAGAGAGCUUGGAUAGGGUGGAUCUGCUUCUUCCUGGCUACCAAACCCAGUUUAUCAAUCAGGUCGCUCAAGUCUCCAAGGGUCCGGUAAUUCUUGUAAUCAUGUCUGCUGGUGGUGUUGAUAUCAGGUUUGCCAAACAAAAUGAUAACAUCAAUGCAAUAUUGUGGGCUGGGUACCCGGGGGAGGAAGGCGGCCGUGCCAUUGCAGAUGUUGCUUUUGGACAUUACAAUCCUGGAGGAAGAUUGCCUCUUACAUGGUACGAAGCUGGUUAUGUGGAUAUGCUACCCAUGACAUCCAUGAAAUUGAGGCCAAUCGAUAGCCUAGGCUAUCCCGGUCGUACAUACAAAUUCUACAAUGGCUCCACAGUUUACCCAUUUGGAUACGGCCUUAGCUACACCCAGUUCAACUACACUCUGCGAUCUGCAAAGAGAUCUCUGGAUGUGAAGUUGAGAAAGUCCCAACACUGCCGCGACAUAGAGUACAAGGAUAGUGAAUACAAGCCACCUUGCCCUUCAGUCCUUAUCGACGACUUGGAAUGCAACCAUGAAUUUGGGUUCGGGGUUGAAGUAAAAAAUGUGGGUAAGAGAGAUGGAAGUGAAGUCAUCAUCGUUUACUCAAAACCACCUAUUGGCAUCGCGGCUACGCAUACCAAGCAAGUGAUUGGGUUUAAGAGGGUCUUUGUGAAAGCGGGAAAGAGCGAAACUGUUAACUUUGUGUUCAAUGCCUGCAAGAGCUUGGGACUUGUCAACUACAAUGCUUACAAUCUUCUAACAUCAGGGAGACACACGAUUAUGCUUGGAGAUGAUGUCGUCUCCUUCCCCAUUCAACUCAACAUUAAAGAGUGAAUUGUUAGCGUAAUGAACUCGUACUGGUCUUAGGCUCAUUGUGAGUAAAUAAUUAUUUAGUAGAAUAACUAGCAGGCUUGCUGCUGAUGCACCUCCUUUCCCUCUUCAUAUCAGUUUGUAAACACUAGCCAGUUGAUUUUCUUGAUUUCUAAU